GUUUGUUAACGCGCGUUAUUAGACUACGUGUACAUACUUUCUGUGACACAUCACUGAGCGAUGGAAGGUCAAUACAAUCUCCGCAGCCCAGCCGUCAAGAGACUGAUGCGUGAAGCCAAAGAAAUGAAAGAUCCGACGUAUCACUACUAUGCCCAGCCUUUGGAAGACAAUUUGUUUGAAUGGCAUUUUACAGUACGUGGCCCGCCUGAUGGCCCGUAUGAUGGUGGUAUCUAUCAUGGAAGGAUUAUGUUUCCAGCCGAGUAUCCGAUGAAGCCACCAAGCGUCAUGUUACUGACACCAAAUGGUCGAUUUGAGACUGGCAAGAAGAUCUGCUUGAGUAUAUCCGCAUAUCAUCCUGAGAUGUGGCAGCCCUCGUGGAGCAUUCGUACGGUACUUGUUGCUAUUUCUGGGUUUAUGCCCACAAAAGGUGGGGGUGCGAUAGGGGCAUUGGAUUAUACGACUGAAGAGAGACAAAAGUUGGCAAAGAAAUCCGUUGACUGGCGAUGUUCCAUAUGUAAUUUUUCUAACCGAGAGACGCUGCUCUCUCACGACGACGACAACGUAUUAUCCGAGCAAGUAAAACAAGACGAAGAGAUGGCUGCACAAAUAUCAUUCAAAUCUGAGGCAGAAGUCAAGGCAGCAGCUGCAGCAAGAAAAGAAACACAACCAAACACAACAGAUGAAAAUACGCCUUUACUUAACGCCGAUGAAGAUGAGCAAACACAAACUCAGACAGAACCUGUCACCACAGACGUGUCACCGCCUCCUGUGUUGAGACAACGAGCAGUACCCGAUACACAAACGCCAUCUGUGUCACACCUUGAUGUACGGCAACAGUCAGGAAUGAGAGGAGGCCGAGGACUCUUUUUGUUCGGACUUCUCUUACUCGUUCUGUUCGUCAGUCUUGUAUUAAGACGAUUUAAUAAAGUAGCCGAUCAACCACAUCUAGCAUUUUAGUAUACGUCUCUAUAUUGUUGUACAGUUUACUGGUGACUAGACAAGAUGCUACAGAACGACUGCUUGUAGUUUAUUGAUUGUAUUCUGAACGAUGUGUUUGUAUUCUAAUUGAAUGGCCAUGCAU